AGUGAUGUGUAAAUUUCAAGAUGGCGCUUGCGUCCAAAAUCAGUACAAAAGACAGCGAAGUCGUAUUGCAACGUAAUUCGAUGUUGUGAAAUAUUUUUCGAGUUUCUCCCCGUUUUCUUUUCUCCAAAUUGUGAAUAUUAGAUUUUCAGUUGUGUAUGACUUCGUACAAACAUGUAAUUAAUCGAUAAAGGAAAUCAACGAGCUCGAGCCCCGCGCAUUUGUCGUCAACAACAAAAAGGUCAUCCUUAAGAUGGCGGAUCCCGAUCCUGAAACUUUAUUGGAGUGGCUGAGUAGUGGCCUAGGCGAUGAGAGGGACAUGCAGCUUAUCGCUCUGGAACAACUCUGCAUGCUUCUACUGAUGUCUGACAAUGUAGACCGAUGCUUUGAAAGCUGCCCUCCGAGAACCUUUCUUCCUGCGUUAUGUCGGAUAUUCCUCGACGAGCAUGCGCCUGAAAACGUUCUAGAAGUUACGGCGCGUGCAAUUACCUAUUAUUUAGAUGUGUCGGCGGAGUGUACGCGACGCAUCAUGGCGAUGGAUGGUGCGAUUAGGGCGAUUUGUAAUAGAUUAGUAGUUGCUGAACUCUCAUCACGGACCAGUAAAGAUUUAGCCGAACAAUGUGUAAAGGUGCUCGAGCUCAUCUGCACGCGCGAAGCGGGGGCCGUUUUCGAUUCGGGCGGUCUCAGCUGCAUAUUACCAUUUAUUAGAGACAAUGGAAAUCGUGUACACAAGGAUACGCUGCACUCGGCGAUGGCCGUUGUGUCUCGUUUGUGCACAAAAAUGGAACCGGCCGAUACUCAACUACCAACCUGCGUGCAAGCACUUAGCACUCUUUUACGCCACGAAGACCAACACGUAGCCGACGGCGCGUUGCGCUGUUUUGCGUCAAUUGCAGAUCGAUUCACAAGGCGAGGUGUCGACCCCGCUCCAUUAGCCCAACACGGGCUAGUCUCAGAGCUUUUAACCCGCCUGUCCAACGCGGCCGGUCCAGCUCUUGCUAGUGGUACUCAAAGUACGCCAGGGAAAGCAACCUCUACCACCAACACCUCAACAAAUCAACCUGACCCGAAAGCGACCGCUGCCUCGGUGUCAACAAUCAUAAGCUUACUGUCAACACUUUGUCGUGGCUCACCGUCGAUAACACACGACCUACUUAGAUCAGAUCUUCCCGAGGCAAUAGAAAAGGCGUUGAAGGGGGAUGAAAGGUGCAUUCUCGAUUCCAUGCGUUUAGUCGACUUGCUUCUAGUGUUAUUGUUCGAGGGUCGGAGAGCUCUGGGUAAAACCGGAGGUGCCGGCUCUUCGGGAACAUUCGUGCCUCGAAUUCGAAGGAUGGAUUCCGCCGCGGAAAAGUCUCACAGGCAGUUGAUUGAUUGUAUACGGUCGAAAGAUACGGACGCGUUGAUCGAAGCAAUUGAGACCGGUGGCGUUGAGGUAAAUUUCAUGGACGAUGUCGGACAAACCUUACUGAACUGGGCCUCUGCGUUUGGGACGCAAGAGAUGGUCGAGUAUCUUUGUGAAAAGGGCGCCGACGUUAAUAAAGGCCAACGAAGUUCGUCCCUACACUACGCCGCCUGUUUCGGACGGCCGGCUAUCGCGAAAGUACUUCUACGUCACGGCGCCAACCCCGAUCUCAGAGACGAAGACGGCAAAACCCCUUUGGAUAAGGCUAGAGAGCGCAUUGACGAAGGCCAUCGUGAGGUAGCUGCAAUCCUUCAGUCGCCGGGCGAAUGGAUGAUACCUUUGGAUAAGGAAAGGCAAAGAAAAUCGGAAUCUGACAGUGAAGAACAAGUCGAGCCGCGUGGUGAUCCUGAAAUGGCUCCACUUUAUCUUCGUCAGCUACUGCCUGUGUUUUGUGCUACUUUUCAAUCGACUAUGCUCGCAUCUGUAAGGAAAGCGAGUUUAGGGUUAAUAAAGAAGAUGGUGCAUUACAUUCAACCUAGUCUGCUGGAGGAAUUGUGCACAUCCGAGGUGUCCAAUAACUUUGGUACACAAUUAGUGGAAGUGAUUGCAACCGUUUUAGACAAUGAGAUCGGUUACUGCUGGCCAAGUACACGCAGCUACACCAUAGUGACCCCGCUCGCUGUACUCUUGCGCAAUACUUUGCAUGGCAGGCACAUAAUUCAAUGUCCUCCACCUAUGGAGGAUGAGGAUGGCCACCUAAUCGUGUUAUCUAUCAUACAAGAUCUGAUGAUAAAAGCGCAAGAUAUAUUUUUGGACCACUUCGCCAGAUUGGGAGUUUUUUCAAAGGUGCAAGCCUUAGCAGGACCACCAGAUGUCAUUGUGGAACCAGAAGAAAACGAUCAAAAUAUCACAGAACAAGCUGAGGUGACCGACGUGAUCGAAGACGCAAAAGAAAUUUUACCCGGCAAAGCGUAUCACUGGAGGGAUUGGUGUUUGUGUCGUGGCAGGGACUGUUUGUAUAUAUGGUCGGAUGCGGCAGCCUUAGAGUUGUCAAACGGAUCAAACGGUUGGUUUCGCUUUAUACUGGAUGGGAAAUUGGCUACUAUGUAUUCAAGUGGUUCACCAGAAGGUGGCGCUGAUACUUCAGGCAAAAGCCGGGCUUCUGAUUCCUUAACUACGGAAGAAAACAGAGGAGAAUUUUUGGAAAAGUUACAACGUGCCCGCGCGGUUGUUAAAAAUACCACAACGUCCCAACCCAUCCUGUCCAAACCUGGACCGACGCGACUUGUUGUGGGAAAUUGGUCGUUGACGUCGCGCAAAGAUGCCGAGCUUCAUAUUCACAAUUCAGAUGGUCAGCAGCAGGCGACGAUAUUGCGUGAAGAGCUUGCUGGGUUUAUUUUUGAGUCAAAUCGCGGUACCAAGCAUUCAUUUACAGCUGAGACGAGCUUAGGUAAGUUGAAUGAUCUAAAUUGUGGCGAUCUUUGGCAUACUACAGAUGUAGCUGCAACACAUCAGUAUUCAUAGGUGGUAGGCAAUAUAUCGCUAAGUGGGUAGAGUCAAUAAUUAAAUUAAAUAUUAAUUUAAUUUAUUUACUUUAAGUAGUUAAAGCCCGUUAUCACCUCCCCCUUUUUUUUUCACGUCACAGUGCUGUUUUGUGAUUGGCUGCGCAAUUUUGUGACAGUAAGUUUGAAUUUUUGGAUUA